UUGGUAAAGCCCGUUCGGCUGACCCUGCUAGCACGCGGAGUUAACCUUAGCCUGUUCUCUUAUGAGCCAGACGACCUGUCGUUAUGGUUCGGUGGUUUGAAAGAAACAUUAAAUGACAUUUACUGGAGUGGACGUUGUAUUAAUAUUCUUUUCUUUCUGUUACGCGUCGUGAAACUGAACGGAACACUAAGGGCGUCGUUGAGAGAAGUUUCAGACGGCUGCUGCCCUGGGUAGCGUUCAGUGUGUCCUUAGCCGCCAGCUGGGAACUGCGUCAGUGAUCGACAUGUUUGACUGCUGAAGUUUUGCACAUUCGAAAAAGACAGCAGCUUUACCAACAUUUCUAUCGAUAACUGUGUGGCUAUUUUGUUUUCAUUGUAGAAGAGUAUAGAUUGUAAGUUUGUCGACUUUGUAACACCCCCAGGCUGGAGUACUAGCUGUGCAAACAUCCACUGACUACCUAACAAGUGACUGUACCUCUUAGCCACCUCAUCAAUGUCCUCCACUCUAUGAAGAGCUCAGUGGGAAGCAGCAGCAUUGUCACCUGCUCAUCAAGAAAACAUAACGAGCAUGGCUCAGACUCAGAACUGCGCUGCUCAGAGCCCGUGUGGAACUUGCGUGAGCUUGGUUUAUCAGACCUGGGAGCACAGCAGCUGGAUGAGCUGGAGAGCCAUGUGUUACCACGCUUGAGUCCACAGGAAGUGCCACUUCCACUGGGUGGACAGACAGCUUGGAGGACCUCACAUAUUUCAACACACUCGUUUUUCUACAACAAGCAUGGAUUCUCAUGUGGUGCAAUGCCCAUGUUGGCCCCGUUUUUUCCCAGGCAGCCUUCACCUCUUCAGUCUGUCUGCACAGAGCUACAACACUGGCCAGUGUGGGUCCAGAACAGAGGUUUUAAAACUUUGAGGAGCAAAACCAGGCGACUGCAGUCAGCCGUCGACCGCCCCCUAGAAUCUGAAGGGUUCACACCAUCUUUUAUGAAGGGUUUUCUGACACGUGACAAGGGCAUUGAUGUUGAAAGUCUAGACAGCCUUUUGAAGAACAAGAACAUAGCUGAUGGACAGCAGGACGCUUUCAAAAGGGGGUUUGCUGAGGGUUUCCUGAAAGCGCAAGCCUUGACACAACGCACUCAAGACUCUCUCAGGAGGACUCGUCUCAUCCUGCUGGUGUUGCUUCUUGUCGGACUCUAUGGCAUCUCCAAGACCCCCUUCAUAUCGGUGCGGUUCCGAACCACAUCAGGCCUGGACUCAGCAGUGGACCCUGUUCAGAUGAAAAAUGUGACAUUUGAGCAUGUUAAAGGAGUAGAAGAAGCAAAGAAUGAGCUGCAGGAAGUGGUGGAAUUCCUGAAAAACCCACAGAAGUUCACAGCCUUGGGAGGAAAGCUGCCAAAAGGUGUUCUACUGGUUGGCCCUCCAGGAACUGGAAAGACUCUGCUGGCGAGAGCGGUAGCAGGAGAGGCAGAUGUGCCUUUCUAUUACGCCUCCGGCUCUGAGUUUGACGAGAUGUUUGUUGGUGUGGGAGCCAGCCGCAUCAGGAACCUUUUCAGGGAGGCUAAAGCCAAUGCUCCCUGUGUGAUCUUCAUUGAUGAACUGGACAGUGUGGGUGGGAAAAGGAUCGAGUCUCCCAUGCACCCAUACUCCAGACAGACUAUCAAUCAACUACUAGCUGAGAUGGAUGGGUUUAAACCAAAUGAAGGCGUGAUCAUCAUUGGAGCGACCAACUUCCCAGAGGCUUUGGAUAAUGCUCUGAUCCGCCCAGGACGUUUUGACAUGCAGGUGACUGUUCCCAAACCAGACGUGAAAGGACGCACAGAGAUCCUCAACUGGUAUUUAAAGAAGAUUAAAGUUGAUACAGCUAUCGAGGCCAAUGUUAUUGCUCGGGGCACAGUGGGCUUCUCUGGCGCUGACCUGGAAAAUCUGGUCAACCAGGCUGCCCUGAAGGCAGCAGUUGAUGGCAAAGACAUGGUCACAAUGAAGGAGCUGGAGUUUGCCAAAGACAAAAUCCUCAUGGGCCCUGAGAGAAGGAGUGCAGAAAUAGACAAGAGGAACAAGCUCAUCACAGCGUACCAUGAAUCAGGCCAUGCGAUUGUAGCUUACUACACCAAAGAUGCCAUGCCGAUCAACAAGGCUACUAUCAUGCCCAGGGGCCCCAGUCUGGGACACGUGUCCAUGCUCCCGGAGAAUGAUCGCUGGAGUGAGACUCGCUCUCAGCUACUGGCCCAGAUGGACGUCAGUAUGGGCGGCCGUGUGGCAGAGGAGAUCAUUUUUGGCCAUGAGAACAUCACAACCGGUGCAUCUAGCGACUUUGAUAGUGCCACAAAGAUUGCAAAGAUGAUGGUGACCAGAUUUGGAAUGUGUGAUAAGUUGGGUGUGAUGACCUACACUGAUAUGACAGCCCAGAGCCCGGAGACACAAGCAGCUGUGGAGCAUGAAGUCAGGGUGCUACUGAAGGAGUCUUAUGAGCGUGCCAAAGCCCUGCUGAAGUCUCAUGCCAAAGAGCACAAAAAUUUGGCAGAUGCUCUGCUCAUGUAUGAGACACUGGAUGCCAAAGAGAUCCAGCUGGUGCUGGAGGGCAAGACCCUAGAGACCAGAUGAAACCAUCAAGGGUAGCAACAUGGGUAGGGGUCAGAAUUUAAGAGCUCAGGGGACAUGAAAGAAAGGAUGGACUCAAAUCAUGUGCAGAGACUCAUGUAGGAUUAUGUCAUAUCUUCAUGCUGUCACCUUUGUGUAAUUUCAUCAGUAUUCCCAGACGAAGUAGUUCUGUUCUAAUAUGAAACAUAAACUUGACUUUAAAGACUUGGAGUUCAGAGGUUCAUUGUAUGACACAGACCUUAAAGGGUUAAAUGCCUAAUGUGGAUGAUGCUCAGGUCACUUUAUCAGUUGGUGGGAGAAAAUAAUGCAUGAAUGUAAUUAUGCACCUCAAACAUGAAAACAGCAUCCAGGUGUAUUUUUAAAGUUUGAAAAUUGGUCAAAUUCUUUCCAGCCAGCUCUGCAUAUUUUCAUGUUGAUGUCAGUGGGAAAUACUGGCAUUUAUCUUAAAGUCAAAGUAUCAAAUGCUGUGUAAUCAUGGCAACCAACUAAAUCUCGACUCCUGUUUGUCUUUUGUCUUCCAGUGUUUGUGCACAUAGCUGUUUUAGGUAGAACAUCUUGAAGAUCAGGGUGCUGAUUCUUUGGGAUGCUGGGGUGAUCAUGCACAUACAUACACUCUCCUGUAAUGCUGUACCCCUGUGCAUGUGUCUAUGUUACUUGUUUUUAGAGGUGGCCUUUGGGGAGAAUGUACUUUAAGUGUGAAUUUUUCCUUUGAAUUAGGAAGUGUAUAAACUUAAGCUAUACUGUAACAGCACUUUGACUAAAUGUACAAAUUGAAAAGUCACUUGUGCGCCCUUUGUGUAAUUUAUUUCAUUUAUGCUGCGUGUAUACAAGGAUCAAAAACUGCUGCUCACCCUCAAAAAGCAUGACAACUACAAGGUGUGGUAAUGUAGUGAUGUGGCAUUGGAUGGAAUCUGGAAGAUUUUAAAGUUGCAAAGCUUAAUUUCAGCGAUCUCAGUAAAAUUAGUUUUUCCUCAUAAUUGCAUAAUUGGAUUAAAGUCUCUUAAAAUUUAGAUUAUUCAGACAAACAACCAAGCCAGUACUGUCAGUUGUUGGCUGUUGCUGUCUCCUUUGCAGUUAUUUUCGUCAUGAAGCAGAAUGCCUGAUACCUUAUCUUUUCAACCCAUUUUGCACAAUGAAGGGGAAGAAAAAUGUCCGAGUUCAGUGCUUACAGCUACUGCUCUGUCUACUUGAAAAGUGACAUCAUUGAUUCUAAGUAUGACAUUUCUUCAGCACGGAUGUUGGGGGGAAACACAUACAGUUAUCACUGUGUUGAAAUAGUUGCAGCAGCAGUUUAUGUAAUCCCUAUUUUAGCAUUUUGGAUCUUGAUUUCAUUCAAGGUAUAGCUCUUGUCAAGAUAACCAUCAGUAUAUGUUAUACCUCAUGCUGGUGUUCUUUUCUGCACUUUUUCCUUCAAUUUGAUACCCUGUUUGUUCCGUUUAUUGGCUUAUCCGUGUUUAGCUGUAAAUAUGAUUGGGAAUGGGAACAUUGUAUAUAGAUGUAUAGUAAUGCUUUUAUGCUGUAAACACAUUAAAUGGCUCUCAGCUGUUGAUUGAAAAAUCUCUCAACAAUGCGAUGGCAAUGAUUAAUGAAUGUCUGUGAAGCUGAAAUAAAUAAAUAAAUAAAGCCGUAAUAUAAA